AUGGCCGCCGACUUCGAGCAUCAGAAGUACCUCCAGCUGGACUCCUGGUGGUACCACAAGGGAGAGGGCGGCGGCGUCAAGAACUGGACAGCGAUACCAUACAUCAUCCCAGACGGUAUUGGUAACCUUUAUGAAACGACCGGAUGGCCAAUUAUCGCUCAUAACAGGCCUGCCCUGGAGGAGGUGUUCUGGGACGACCUCCUCGACGAAGCCCUGACGUGGGGCCUCGUCACCUAUGAGCAGGACUGGCUGGAUAGGCAGUACAUGUACACGAGCGCCCUCCACACCGACGUCGGCCUAGCGGGGGAGGUGGCUGACCAGAUGGGCGGCGCUGCUCUCCGUCGCAACGUCAACAUCCAGUACUGCAUGUCACUCUCGCGUCACCUCUUGCACUCCGUCACCCUGCCCGCCGUCACGCAGAUUCGAGUCAGCGACGACUAUAUGCUGAGUCCGGACCAGUGGCGCAUCGGCGUGACGAACCUCCUCGCCCACGCCCUCGGCCUCAAGCCCUUCAAGGACGUGUUCUGGUCCUCGAGGGAGAACGCCAACAACUUCUUCAAGGACUGCGACCUGGCACUUCCCGAAAGCAUCUGGCACCCGCUGGCACUCACGCACAGAUACGGAGGGAGAAUCAAUGUCACGGCGUCCGGGAAAGAGUGUCUGCCGUGGACGGACUUCGGCUGGGAUGACAAGUACUACGGCAGCGGCAUGGCUCUCAACCUCUGCAGGAACCCUGAGGACUUGAGGGACGGCCCCUUCUGCUACACGAAGGCGGGAUUUGACAUUCCCGAAGAGGAGUGGGAGUGGGAGUACUGCGCCGCCCCCGUCUGCGACGUCGACUGCUACUUCGGCGACGGAGCCCUCUACAUCGGCGGCCACAACGUGACGCAGAGCGGCCUCUCCUGCGUCGACUGGGCGGGCGAGUUCGGCCUCUCCGGCGCCCGCUGCCGAAACCCCGACGGCGACGUGGCCCCCUGGUGCUUCGUCGCGGAGGACCACUCGCAGCGGGACUACUGCGACAACGAGUGCCCCGAGGCCGUCGAGUACAGCCCCCAGCUGCAGAGCGCCGUCUCGACCCUCGCCGGAGGGCCUCUGGGCGUGGGCGACAAGGCGGAGAACCUGGACGUCGAGCUCAUCAUGAAGUCGUGCAACAAGGAGGGCCUCCUCCUGCACCCGACGAAGCCCGCGACGGUCAUCGACCUGUACUUCACGUCCCCCGAAUACCGAGAGGUCUGGACGGGGUACAGCACCGUCGGCGAUCACACCUUCGGCUUCAUCUUCCUGGCGGAGGUCGAGAAGGCCCUGACGCUCUCGAGCUUCGACCUCAACCUCGACGAAGCCUUCCUCACCGACGUCCUUCUGUGGCAGAACUACCCGGAGGGAUCCUCGCACCAGCAGGUCAUCGCGGCAGGCGAGGACGUCGUCCUCCCGCCGUGUGGGGGCUUCCUCAACUUCUGCCUCUUCUACACGUCGCCUGCCAUCAGCGCGGGCGGCAAGGACCUCUUCAUCCUGGGCGAGAGGAGCAAGUGGGCGCCCAUCUCGCCGCAGAGGAUUUCGGGCGUCUCGGUGACAUCGGAGGGCGUCUCGGUGUCCGUCUCGGGCGUCGAGGGGGAGAGGGUCGUCCUGUCCUUCUCUGACGGGGAAGUCUUUGACGUCGCCUGCGACUUCCAGGUGAGCGGGAGCAUGACAAUCGAUGUCCUUUCCCGCGUUUGCAGUUCGCUGAUGCAAUAGUGGGUUCCCCUAAGUUGCAAGCCGAAUGUGCUCUCAAUUUGCCUAUGAGACAAUAAAAAAAUCUUAAAAUUGCCG